UUUCACUUUAGAGAUCCAUUUUUAUAGCAAACUUAUAGUUCUUUCACUUGAGAGAUCUGUCAGGUAGCCUCAUUUGUAUUUAUAGCAAAGUUUUUUGUUCUUUCACUUUAGAGAUCUGUCAGGUAGCCUCUUUUUAUAUAUAGCAAAGUUUUUUGUUCUUUCACUUUAGAGAUCCAUUUUUAUAGCAAACUUAUAGUUCUUUCACUUGAGAGAUCAUGUGAGAACAGCUUUUAGUAUUCUCGCAUGAUGGAGAUCAUGUGGAGGAAGCUUUUACUAUUCUCGGUGGAAACGCUUUGGGCUGCAGCAUUCGUGGUACCCAAUGAUGAAUCAUUGUGUGCCACCCAAUGCAGUCCGUUUCAUUCCCGCACUACCGACAGCUUUUUGGUCUGCCGAGAAAAACUCGAAUACCAGACGCAAGAGGUAAAAACUACUAGUACCACUUCGACUGGAGUAACAAGCAGAACGACUCAACAUCGAGAAGAUGCGACGACACGAAAAGGGGAUCAAAACGUCAACGAGGAUCUUUGCGAAAAAAACUGCAAGGCGAGAGUGGACCAUGAUGAUAGCGGAAAAGCAUCAGGUGCAAGCUGUGUUGGGAAGAAUAAACCAGCUUCCUUGAUGCAGUUGUGGGCGAGAGCACAGCUGCGCAAAAGCUGCCCAAAACCGCAACCAUGCAAUUGUAUUACGAAUUUUUUGUGAGUGACUCUUUAUUCACAGGAGUAGUUUGUAGUAAUGUCCUGGGGAGUCCUGAUAUUUUAUUUCUAGACAGCGAUUAACAUUGAAUUCCCUCACGAUCUAUCAUGAUCUAGAUCUUCUGGUAAGAUUAGAGACGUUGAAGACCUUCAUGCUAGAACUAUACGAAGUGAAAGACGAGAUGUUUUUACAAAUGUUGUAUUGCACUGGAGGUAUCUGGAAGUACCAGGAAGGGCAGUAUCUAGAAAAGUCCGUUUUUAAUUUCUUUAAACGAAUUCACCUUUCGUCAGGCAAAUGCGUCUGUCCGGAGACCGUUUACCAGACUCCGGCUCCACCUGCAUUGAUACAGGCAGAAGAUAUCGCAUUGAUCCAGGAAGAGGAUCCCAUUCUUAAGGAUGACAGGAACAGUGUUGAGUGGACAAGUUUUUUUUAUUUUUCGAGAUUGAUUUUUAGAGAAUAAGUUGUUCCUGCGUUGGUCUAGUACUGGGUUGAAUUUUUUCAACGGUUAUUUUUUUGAGUAACGAAGAAGUAGUGAAGAAUUUAUUGUUUUACUCUUGAAAAGGAUUAGAUAUCGAUGAAGCUCUAACACCCCUCUCCCACCAAACUUCGAGCCGCCACCACCGCCAGACUGGCGCACGGCGCCGUGUCCAGAAGCAGAGCCCUGUAAUUGCUACUGCCAUUGCCGUCGUCCACCUGCGGAUCAGGAAUGAAAAACCGACUUCCGCUUUUGCAAAUGUCAGGACCAAUACUAUGAUACGACUGAACAUAUUUUUUUUCCGAUCAUUGUUUUUUCCACCAAAAAGGACUACAGAUUGUGAGAGUUGAUGAACAGCAGGAAAAACUGUGUUACUCUCAAAAGAAGAGAGAGGUAGAAGUAAAAGAGGAGCACUUCCUAUUUUUCAUAUUUGAAUAAGGUGAGCCGUGAGUGGUCGUGACAUGCUACUUGACGAGAUUCUCC